CCAGUAAACACUCCAUACCAGUUGGUGGCGGUAAUGCACAUCUACAGGUAUUUGCCAACCGCCAUAAAAUCCUACAAGAAGAAGAAAGGAUUUCCGGUUCCGCUGGCCCCGCCCCCUCUUCCCAAACACGUGGAUCUCUUCGAGUUUUUCAUCCUUUGUUCCCUGUUCGUCAGCAGCCCAGAAGCGGGAGUGUUGAUAAAGCUGUAAGAGAGCUGCAGCAGCAGCAGUUGAUGAACUCUGGAAAGAAGUCCAGCAGCUUGAGGAACAUCUGGUCAAAGAAACUGGAGGGAAGCAGGAGCUCAAACAGCGGCAGGACGCAGCAGAGGAAGAGACACCAGAUGAUGGAUGAUGUUUUCCAGCCCAGAUUAGUGCUGGGAGCAGAUGUUAAAGAAGAGGCUCCUGAAGAACAGAGUCCUGAUGUGGAUCAGCAGGAGCCAGAGCCCCUCCAGAUAAAGGAGGAACAGGAGGAACUCUGGACCAGUCAGGAAGGAGAGCAGCUCACUGUGAAGGAGGAGACUGAUACCAGGUUUCCAUUAACUGCAGCUCCUAUCAAGAAUGUUAAAGAAGAGGCUCCUGAAAAACAGAGUCCUGAUAUGGACCAGCAGGAACUGGAGUUCCUCCACGUAAAGGAGGAAAGUGAAAGAAUCUGGGCCAGCCAGGAUGGAGAACAACUGAAUGUGAAAGAGGAGACCGAUGAUACCAGGUUUCCAUUAAAUGUUGUUCAUGUGAAGAGUGAAGAGGAUGAGGAGAAACCUCUGUUCUCUCAGCUUCAUACACAGCAAACAAAAGACGGAGAUCUUCCAAGCAGCAGCUCAGGUGACCAGAUUAAAGCAGAAAUUAAAGUAGAGGACUGUGGGACAACAAAAUCCAACAGGAACCCAGAUCUAAAUACUGAUGGAGGCUCUUCGAACUAUUCAGAGACUGAAGACGGUGAAGAUGAUGAAGAGGAUGAUGAUUUGAAGCAUCAUGAAUCUGAGCUUAAACGCUUGUCAGACUGUGAAACUGAAGACGGUGAGGAUGAUUGGAAGGAGAGCAGGACUCCACGGUCAGGUCGAAACACUGUCAACAAAUCUUUGAGCUGCUCUGAGUGUGGAGGAAAAUUUGCUAACAGACGCUCUUUUAAGAGUCACAUGACAUGUCAUCCAAGAUUAAUGUCUUCAGAUUGUUCCGGUAAUGAGAUGUGUUUCAGAGAGAAGAAAAUAAUGGAUUCACUAACAAAAGUCCAGACAGGUAGUAAAAAGUUUAAUUGUGCUGAGUAUGGUAAAGGUUUUAACUGGAAACAUGAUUUAAAACAACAAACAAAAAUCCACACUGGGGAGAAACCCUUUAUUUGUGAUGCCUGUGGAAAAAGAUUUGCCUACAAGUCAUACUUAAACACACACAUGAGAAUUCACACAGGAGAUAAACCUUUUGGUUGUGAUGCAUGCAGAAAAAGAUUUGUCUCCAAGUCAAAAUUAAACACACACAUGAGAAUCCACACAGGAGAUAAACCGUUUGGUUGUGAUGCAUGUGGAAAAAGAUUUUCCUACAAGUCAGAUUUAAACAUACACAUGAGAAUUCACACAGGAGACAAACCUUUUGGUUGUGAUGCAUGCGGAAAAAGAUUUGUCUCCAAGUCAGAUUUAAACAAACACAUGAGAAUCCACACAGGAGAUAAACCUUUUGGUUGUGAUGCAUGCGGAAAAAGAUUUGUCUCCAAGUCAAAAUUAAACACACACAUGAGAAUCCACACAGGAGAUAAACCGUUUGGUUGUGAUGCAUGUGGAAAAAGAUUUUCCUACAAGUCAGAUUUAAACAUGCACAUGAGAAAUCAUACAGGAGACAAACCUUUUGGUUGUGAUGCAUGUGGAAAAAAAUUUGCCUACAAGUCAAAUUUAAACAUACACAUGAGAAAUCAUACAGGAGACAAACCUUUUGGCUGUGAUGCAUGUGGAAAAAGGUUUGUCUUUAAGUCAAAAUUAAACACGCACAUGAGAAUCCACACAGGAGAUAAACCUUUUGGUUGUGAUGCAUGUGGAAAAAGAUUUGUCUCCAAGUCAGAUUUAAACAUACACAUGAGAAUUCACACAGGAGAUAAACCUUUUUGUUGUGAUGCAUGUGGAAAAAGAUUUGUCUCCAAGUCAAAAUUAAACACACACAUGAGAAUCCACACAGGAGAUAAACCUUUUGGUUGUGAUGCAUGUGGAAAAAGAUUUUCCUCCAAGUCAGAUUUAAACAUACACAUGAGAAUUCACACAGGAGAUAAACCUUUUGGUUGUGAUGCUUGUGGAAAAAGAUUUGUCUCCAAGUCACAAUUAAAAGCACACAUGAGAAUCUACACAGGAGAUAAACCGUUUGGUUGUGAUGCUUGUGGAAAAAGAUUUGCCUCCAAGUCAGAUUUAAACACACACAUGAGAAUUCACACAGGAGACAAACCCUUUAACUGCGAUGCAUGUAAAAAAAGAUUUGUCUCCAAGUCACAAUUAAACACACACAUGAGAAUCCACACAGGAGAUAAACCUUUUUGUUGUGAUGCUUGUGGAAAGAGAUUUGUCUCCAAGUCAAAAUUAAACGCACACAUGAGAAUUCACACAGGAGAUAAACCUUUUGGUUGUGAUGCAUGUGGAAGAAGAUUUGUCUCCAAGUCAUAUUUAAACAAACACAUGAGAAUCCACACAGGAGACAAACCUUUUAGUUGUGAUGCAUGCGGUAAAAGAUUUGUUUCCAAGUCACAAUUAAACGCACACAUGAGAAUCCACACAGGAGAUAAACCGUUUGGUUGUGAUGCAUGCGGAAAAAAAUUUGUCUCCAAGUCAGAUUUAAACAUACACAUGAGAAUUCACACAGGAGAUAAACCUUUUGGUUGUGAUGCAUGUGGAAGAAGAUUUGUCUCCAAGUCACAAUUAAACACGCACAUGAGAAUCCACACAGGAGAUAAACCUUUUGGUUGUGAUGCUUGUGGAAAAAGAUUUGCAUCCAAGUCGAAAUUCAACGCACACAUGAGAAUCCACACAGGAGAUAAACCGUUUGGUUGUGAUGCAUGUGGAAAAAGAUUUGCCUACAAGUCAAAAUUUAACAUACACAUGAGAAUCCACACAGGAGAUCAACCUUUUGGUUGUGAUGCUUGUGGAAAAAGAUUUGUCUCCAAGUCACAAUUAAACACGCACAUGAGAAUCCACACAGGGACAAACCCUUUGCCUGUGAUUCUUGUGGAAAGAGAUUUACCUGGAAGUCAAAUUUUGAUAUACACAUGAGAAUCCACAAAGGAGACUAACAUUUGUGAUGCAUGUGGAAAAAGGUUUGCUUCAAAAUCUUAUAUAUACAAACACAUGAAAAAUCCAUACAGAAGAGAGAAAAACCUUUGGUUGAGAUGCUUGUGGCAAUAUCUUUGCCUUCAAGUCAUCUAUAAACAUACACACAAGAAUCCGAACUGGAGAGAAAUAUUUGGGAUGUAAUAAAUGUGGUAAAACUUAAGUGAAAUCCAAACCAACACAUUAGAAUUUACAUAAAAGAUAAACCCUUUGCUGGUUAUGAUUGUGGAAAAGAUUUAAGCAUAAUUUAAGACCCUCUUUACACCAUAUUGCGUAAGUCCCAGGAAACAAUGUUUUUCCACGUCUGUUAUCAGUUUAGCUAGCCAAUAGUGGCAGAUUCAUGGAAAUCCCAGUUGCUUGUGCUGAAAAGCAGCAGCAGCUCGCUUAUUUAGUUUGCCCGGGAGUGGCUAUUCACCAGAUAGAUAGUGGUGAAAAAGUGUUUGCCACCUUCCACAUUUCUUUUUUUUUUAUGCUUGUUUGCCACACUUAAUUGUUUCAGAUUAUCAAACAAAUUUAAAUAUUAGUCAAAGACAUCACAAGUAAACAAAAAUGCAUUUUUAAAUGUUUUUUUAUUAUUAAGGGAGAGAACAAAUACAUACCUACAUGACCCUGUGUGAAAAAGUGAUUGCCUCCUAAACCUAACAACUGGUUGGGCUAACCCUCAACAGCAACAACUGCAAUAAAGCGUUUGCUAUAACAUGCAAUGAGUCUUUUACAGCCCUGUGGAGGAAUUUUGGUCCACUCAUCUUUGCAAAAUUGUUGUAAUUCUGCCACAUUGGAAGGUUUUCGAUAAUGAACGGCCUUUUUCUCAGCUAAGAUUAUAAUACAGUUUUAAAAUGAAAAGUUAUGCUUAAAACAUGGGUUUUAAUCCAACCAAGAACUGUCUUGCCUUUUCUUUGCCUUGAAGCAGCAAAACGCCAAACUCCCCUUUGACAAACCUCCUUAGAAACUGUUAAAGUUGCACCUCUACAUGGAGUUUGUAUUAAGUCUAUAAAAGUCACAAAUUGCAGGUGCGGCAGGAUUAUUGGUUCUAGUUUUAUUGCUGAUAAUCACAACAAGGCUCAAGGUGCAUGCAUGGCUCAAGGAGGGCCAGAGGCUGCUGAAGCCUUGGCUGCGGUGACAGAGCAGCGAAAAGACGAAGUUCUCUCUUUCCACCAUCGCCAAUUUGGAGUGAAGGCAAAGCGCUGCAUUCCUCCGUGUUUGUUCCAACUUCAGGGAAACGAGACGGCCGGUGCUCGCUAGUAGCAUUGUGUGCCGGCAGCUCGAAUAAGCUGCUUUGUAUCUUGAACGAAGUUUCUGGUCAUCGUUUCCUGGUGGACUCAGUUGCGCAGCUGAACACGAUUCCAGUGUCAGCGGCAGACAUUUUGUGUCACAACCAGGGACCACUACCAGAUCCUGCUAAUGGUGUUUCAAUGGACAUUAGUUUAACUGGGACUUUGUAGUAGCAUCUGUGUCAGUACCUAUUCUGGGUGCUGAUUUUUUGUGUGCUUUCUGGUUGUUAGUGCCUGUUGCUAAUAGUUGACUUAUUGAUGCUGUGUUUUUUUAAACCUAUCCCUGUACACGUGGGGGUCCCGGCCAUCGGCCUCUUGCUAACAUGUUUGCCAUGGGUGAUAAGUUUCAGCGCUUGUUGGCUGAGUUUCCUGCUCUCACGGUCCCCACUUUUUCUGCUACAAUAGCUAAACAUGGGGUAGAGCAUUGUAUUUCUAUGGUGGGUCCACCGGUUUUUGCGCGGGAAUGCCGCCUAGAUGCCAUUAAGUUAGCAAUAGCUAAGGAGGAGUUUGCUAACAUGGAUGGCCUCGGCAAUGUAUGCUGCUCCAAACGUCCAUGGGCGUCUCCUUUACAUAUGGUUCCCAAGGCUGCUGGGGUUUGGCGACCCUGUGGGGAUUUUUGUCGCGUUAAUAAUGUGACCAAUAACAACAGGUACCCAGUCCCUCACAUCCAGGAUUUUUCUGCCCGUUUGGCGGGCGCGAUUAUUAUUUCGAGGGUGGAUUUAGUGCGGGGCUACCAUCAGGUUUCUGUCCAUUGUCAAAAUGAGGUGAGAUCCUUCCAUGUAUCCAUGCAGAAAUUAAAUAAACCCUCAUAAUUAAAUCAAUGACAUAUACAGCAGUAAAUGUUCACAUUUUAAAGCUAUGAAGUCUGGGGGGCGCAUUUGGUGUAUGGUUUUAUUCUUCUUUCUUGUGUAUCACUAUGAUUGGGUUUAACAUCAAUCACAUAUGAUGAAAUGAGAGCCUAAUCUUUAGAGUAUCAAAUAAAUAAUGAUCAUAUUACAUGGAUAAGAUGUCAUGAAACUGUAAAAUGAAUGUAUCUUCGCACUCUGGAACUGAGGACUGAAGAGGCCUGUAUGGACUCACACAUUAACUGUGACUGUCUUAUCUUUUUCAUAAGUCUUAACUGUCUUAUCUUUUUCAGAAGUAGAAAACUACAAGUAUAAUCAAAG